AUGGCAAGGUCGGAGGAAGUGAACAGUCAUUCUCUAGAAAAUGACGAUAAUGAUAGGGUUAAUAUAACCAAAGGAGAGCUCCGUACACUGAUUAAUACAGCUGUAUCUAAAGCUGUAAAGGAGCAAUUCAAGGAGGUUAGUGAGACGUUAAGAUCGAUCAAGAACUCUGAAGAGAGUAAGAGGAAGCGUGAGGAGGAUAACUCACGAGGGUCGGAGAAGAAGCACAAGGGAAACCCUGAGUCCAAGAAAUUUGGGUCUGGAAAAGGUAGUCAGCAAACAGAAGAAAAGCCAAAGUGCUCAACUUGCCAGAAACGCCACUUUGGGAAGUGCAGGCUUGAGACCAAGUCUCAAUCAGGACCACCUGCAUGUGGGUUGUGCAAGUCUAGAGAGCAUAAGACUAUUGAUUGCAAGAGGAUUAAAGAUGCUACCUGCUACGGCUGUAACGAGAAAGGGCACAUUAAGACUAACUGCCCUAAAAACGCCAGGAAGCCUGAGGAGGCCAAGAAGACCAAUGCUAGGGUCUUCCAAAUGAAUGUGCAGGAGGCAAUUCAGGACGACAACGUGAUUACAGAUUUACCAAACUCGCUAUUAUCUUCUCACAACCCUCUACUUACAGUUAAAUAG